AUGCCCGUCCCCCUCGCCCUCGCCGCCCCCGCCGCCGCCGCAACGCUGGCCUACCUCAACGCCCGCACCUCCUUCUGGUACGACCGCCUCCUGCUCGCCGCCGCCGCAAAGGCCGCCUUUCGCCUCUUCACCCGCCAGCGUCGCGGCCGCCUCAACCUCUUCUACGUGCUCGAGGAGCGCGCCGCCGCCUCGCCCGCCCAGGACCUGCUCCGCUUCGAGGGCCGCCGCCUGUCCUACGCAGACGUCUACGACCGCGUGCUGCGCUGCGGCGCCUGGAUGCGCGAGCGCCUCGGCGUCGGGCCCGGCGACGUCGUGGCCAUGGUCAUGGUCAACUCGGAUGCCUUCAUCGUCGUCUGGUGGGCGCUCUGGAGCAUCGGCGCGAGGCCCGCCUUCAUCAACCAUAACCUCGUCGGCCAGCCGCUCGCACACUGCAUCGCCGCCGCCGACGCCCGUGUCUGCAUCGCCGACCCGGCCAUGGCCCCGGCGCUCGAGGCCGACGACGUCCGCUCCGCCCUCGCCGCCGCCAAGGAACCAUCGUCGUCCCGAUCCGGCCCCGGCCCCGGCCCCGGCCCCGGCCUCGGCCUCGACGUCGUCGUCCUCACCCCCGAACUCGAAGCCGAGGCCCUCGCCCACGCCCCCGAGCGCGCCCCCGACGCAGACCGCCACGCCGACGACCUCUCCGCCAUGGCCAUGCUCAUCUACACGUCGGGGACCACGGGCCUCCCGAAGCCCGCCGUCGUCUCCUGGGCCAAGUGCAUCGUCGGCGGCACGGUCCCCGAGGUUCUCAUGGCCCGCGGCGGCCCGGACGACGUCAUGUACACGGCCAUGCCGCUCUACCACUCGGCCGCCGCCGUCCUGUCCUUUUGCGCCACGGUCCAGGCCGGCGCCACCCAGGCCCUGGGCCGCCGCUUCUCGGCGCGCUCCUUCUGGGACGACGUGCGCGACUCGGGCGCCACCUCGAUCCAGUACGUCGGCGAGACGCUGCGCUACCUGCUCGCCGCGCCGCCCGCCGGCCUCGACCCGGCCACGGGCGAGGACCUGGACCGGCGCCACGGCGUGCGCGUCGCCUUUGGCAACGGGCUGCGGCCCGACAUCUGGAACGAGUUCAAGCAGCGCUUCGGCGUCGACACCGUCGUCGAGUUCUACGCCGCCACCGAGGGCCCCUUUGCCACCUGGAACGUCAGCCGCAACGACCUGACGGCCGGCGCCAUCGGCCGCAACGGCUGGCUCUACAACGCCCUGCAGCGGCUGCAGGUCGCCCUCGUCGACGUCGACUGGCAGACCGACGCGCCCCGCCGCGACCCGGCCACGGGCUUCUGCGUCCGCGUCCGCCCCGGCCAGCCCGGCGAGAUGCUGUGCCGCCUGCCCGCCGACGACCUCGAGCGCCGCUUCCAGGGCUACUACCGCGACCCGGCCGCCACCCGCGCCAAGGUCCUGCGCGGCGUCUUCAGCCCCGGCGACGCCUGGUUCCGCACCGGCGACGUCACCCGCUGGGACGCCGACGGCCGCGUCUUCUUCUCCGACCGCAUCGGCGACACCUUUCGCUGGAAGUCGGAGAACGUCUCCACCGCCGAGGUCAGCCACGCCCUCGGCCUGCACCCGGCCAUCCGCGAGGCAAACGUCUACGGCGUCGCCCUGCCCCAUCACGACGGCCGCGCCGGUUGCGCCGCCGUCUGCUUCGACCGGAACCCCCCGGGCGCCGACACCCUGCGCUCCCUCGCCGCCCACGUGCGGGCCUCGCUCCCCAAGUACGCCCGCCCGCUCUUCCUGCGCCUCGUCCCGGAGGUUGGCGCCGCCGCCCAGACCACCGGCACCAACAAGCAGCAGAAGCACCUGCUCCGCGAGGCCGGCGUGCGGCCCGAGCCGAGCCCCUGUCCGGGACGCCAUGACUCGGCCAGCAGCGACAUGUACUGGCUCAACGGGGACUCGUACGUUCCCUUUGGCGACGACGACUGGCGCGCCCUGCAGGCGGGGAGAGUGAAGCUGUAA